AGAAGAUGUCGGCAUCCACGCGUUUUCUUGAAGCGCUGCUAAGACUAGAAACAUCCUUUUUUCGUUGGAUAGGUGUAAAUGGUCAUUCACCAGCAUUAGUUUGUAACACAAUCCAGACUCCUGAAGUGACCAGACAUCACAACCAUGACAGGCAAGGGUCAUCUGUCAUAGAGAGUAUAUUUGACAGCCGCCUCUGGGCAGUGCCCAAAUUCAGACGGUCAUUAGAAAGACGUAUGACCAGAAGGAUGGGAGGAGAGAAGCAUUUUGAGACCUAUGGUCAGCCAAAGAACAACAUUGUAGCCUGUUUGGAAUGUGGCCAUUGGCAUGAGAAGCACACAAUAUGUGGACAUUGUUAUGCCAAAGUCAGAGAGGAAACCAAACAUAUGCAAGAGGCAAUGGGAGAGGAAGCAAAUUUCUAUGCCCCACAAAAAGAAGUUGCAUUUCUCUAUGAAGGAGAGAAAGAUGAAAACAGUCAGGAAAAAUUUGUUGUGCAUUUGAAAAAGAGAAGACCAGAAUGGUUCUCCAAAUCACUGACUUCAAAACAACCUUCAUCUGACCCCUCAUGAAAAGUCUGACCCUCACGAAAAGUACAAGACAACAAGAGGACUGACUUUACAGAUGUAUGCCUUGUGACUUAUUUCCCAGCGGUAUGCAGUGAAGAGGAGAAAAUGGUGUUACAAGACUGGUUAAUGAGAAAAGGGAAAAUGCUAUAAAGUGUUCUUGGAUUUCUUAUUUAUUUUUGCCUUAUUUUUUGUUGAUUUAUCCUAACCUGAAAACGUUUAAGUUUUAGAGCAGAACAGUUAGUAUAUUUCACAAUGUGGUGAAAUGUUUAAGUUUUAGAGCAGAACAGUUAGUAUAUUCCACAUUGUGGUGAAAUGUUUAAGUUUUAGAGCAGAACAGUUAGUAUAUUCCACAAUGUGGUGAAAUGUUUAAGUUUUAGAGCAGAACAGUUAGUAUAUUUCACAAUGUGGUGAAAUGUUUAAGUUUUAGAGCAGAACAGUUAGUAUAUUCCACAACGUGGUGAAAUGUUUAAGUUUUAGAGCAGAACAGUUAGUAUAUUCCACAACGUGGUGAAAUGUUUAAGUUUUAGAGCAGAACAGUUAGUAUAUUCCACUAUGUGAUAACCUGUUAAUGAGCAAUUCCUUCAGGAGAAAUUGUAAGCAAAUGCAUGAACCAGUCGUAUUUUGUGUCUUAUAAUAUCACGGGAACAGUCAUAUUAUUAAAGUACAGUUGUAUCUUGAUAAUGCUUUAAUGAUACAUGCUGUAAAAUGUUUGAAAAAAUGUGUAAAAAAAAGUUGUUUUUCCCUCCAAAAUUUGUUUCACCCACUUUAACUUAUUGCAUUAAUCAUGUUUUAAACGUAGUACGAAUGAUAUUGAGUUAAUAAAUAAGCCCAGAAUAAUAAUUCUGGGCUCGUCAGGCAUAAUUUUU